UUUGGGAGAUGACUUAUCUGACUUGCAUAUUGUUGUGAGAGUGUGAGAAGUUUUGAGGUGGAACAUCAGUAUUUGAACGCGUUUCAUGUUCUUCUUGUCCUCCAUCCAUUCUGCAGCAGAAGGAGUCCCACUCCACCUACACCUUGUUACCUGCCUCCCCACCGGCUGGUGAACUGCCUGCAUCCGAUAAGGGAUCUAGUCCACAAAAUCAAGUGUGGAAGAAAGGGGUGUGGGGACAAAACGUUGAAUUUGAGAGAGGAAGAAAGAGAAAAGAGACACCGUGGGAGGGAAAAAAGGUCAGGGACACGGGGGGGUUAUCGCACAGCCAGAAAAAAGGAGAGUGUCUACACACACGAUUUGGCAGACGAAACCAAGGAAACGAAGUGAAAUAAACCAGCAGCCCUCUCUCACCAACACAUACAUUUUCACAAGGAAUAGAUCGGAAUUUGAACGAUUUUCGACUUUCCCCAAGGACAUUUUUGGGGCUAAGGUGAACUCCACGCAGCAAAGUGAAUUUUGGACCGUGCGUAAUUUGGAGAGUUUAUUGCCACUGCGUCAGGAUGCGCGUCUGCCCGCUGCUGGUCUUCAUCUGUCUGCUGUGCGCUGGCCACGCUCAGAAGUUCUCCGCAAUCACGUUCCUGCGGGUGGAUCAGGAUAAGGAGUGCAACAUGGAAUGCAGCGGAGCUCCUCGCAAGCCCCUCUGCGCCUCGGAUGGCAGGACCUUCACAUCUCGUUGCGAGUUCAACCGAGCCAAGUGCCGCGACCCCCAGCUGGAGGUCAUCCGAGGGCCAUGCAAAGAUACAUCCAGAUGUGUAGCAGAGAAGAAAUACACAGAGCAACAAGCCAAGAGGCUCUUCCCACAGGUUUUUGUGCCUGUGUGCAACCCCGACGGCACAUACAGCGAGGUUCAGUGCCACAGUUACACUGGCUACUGCUGGUGUGUCACCCCCAACGGGCGACCCAUCAGCGGCUCCGCGGUGGCCAAUAAAAAACCACGAUGUCAAGGAUCAAAACAAGAAAGAGCGACCACAAGAGAGCCCAGCAAAGAAGAUGAAGCUGGCCUUGUGGUGGAUUCACAGACUGCUACGGAUGACGAUGUCACCCCUUCCCGGUACCCCAGUCUGUGGACGGAGCAGGUUCGCAGCCGGCAGAACAAUAGAACCAGAGCACCAUCCUCGUCAUGUGACCAGGAGCGGCACUCUGCCCUGGACGAGGCGAGGCAGCACAAGAACGAUGCCGUUUUCGUACCGGACUGUGCCCAGGGAGGACUCUACAAGCCAGUGCAAUGUCACCCCUCCACCGGCUACUGCUGGUGUGUGCUAGUGGACACUGGAAGACCAAUACCAGCGACUUCAACCAGGUAUGAACAACCAAAAUGUGAUGGCAACGCCAGGGCCCAUCCAACUAAACCAAAAGACCAUUAUAGAAGCAGAUAUCUCCAAGGCUGCGAUGGAGCAAAGAAAACAGAGUUCCUGACAAGUGUUCUUGACGCGCUGUCAACAGACAUGGUGCAUGCUGUCACAGAUCCAGCAUCCGCCGGAAGGAUGGCCGAGCCCGACCCCAGUCAUACCCUGGAGGAACGGGUCGUGCACUGGUAUUUCAGUCAGCUGGACAAAAACGGCAGCGGGGACAUAGGAAAGAAGGAAAUCAAGCCUUUCAAACGCUUCCUGCGCAAAAAGUCCAAGCCAAAGAAGUGCGUUAAGAAGUUUGUGGAGUACUGCGAUAUCAGCAACGACAAGGCGCUGUCUCUGCAAGAGCUGAUGGGCUGCCUCGGGGUGACCAAGGAGGAGGCAGCUAGACCAGGUGAUGGUGUACCUUCCAGUAAACUACAUCCCCCGAAGAAGCAAGGCUAAACCCAGCAACGGAGAUUUCCCCUCUCGCACAGAGAAACUGCCCUCACCAAUCGGCAAUCAUGGAAACCAUAGUAUUUGCACUUUGUACUUUAAAAAAAAAAAGAUGUAAAUUCACUUUGUAGAAAUAAGGUAUUUAAACAGACUGCUGAAUCUGUGAAUGAUGUAGUUAGCUUUCUUUGUCCUGACAAGCAAAAAAAAAAAAAGAAUAACACAUACAAUGUAUGUGUCCUUUGUGUUUCUAAAAAGUGUACUUUUCCAAGUUGUACAAGUAUUCAUGUUUGAUGCUACAUUCUGUCCCCUUUGCCCCAGUUUAGUUUUCUCCCCUUGUUGAUGAUAUUAAGGCAGUUAUAUGUAUAGUUUGCUGCACAGGUACAAUAACUUAGACUACACCAUCCGCUUCGUACUGACCUAUUGCAUCCUUUUAUGUGCUUUGUAAAGCAGUUUGCAAGAAUGUAAACAACCAACAAUACGUCAUAAAAAUGGCCUGUGUUCACAUACAGUAUACUCGUCUUUAUUAGAAAUAAAGAACUCUUUUCUACAUGUUGUUCUGUUGCCUAAUGUGUCAAAGAAGGAAGGGUGGGUCGGCAAAUUCAGUUUUUUAUCUCUUAUUAGUAUUUUAUAAUUUAACUUGUUAUAUAAAUCUUGUAAUGUCUUUGUCAUUUGUAUUUUCUUGCUGUUCUUUCAAUAAAACAACUUGUUGACG